AUGGUGCUCUGUGCAGUUUGCAGUGCACAGGAAGCUAGAUACACGGCGCCAGGCUCGCGCAAACCCUAUUGCUCCGUGGCAUGCUUCAAAGAGCUCUCCCAGCCAGCGCAGCCGAGCAGCACUACCGCAUCGGCUGAAACUCCAUCAAAAGAUCUGCUGAACUCUCUCGAGCCGAUCAAGACGACCACAGAGCAAGAUGCAGCGCAAGUCAUUGAUAAUGAGAAAUUGCCCGCAGAGCCAGAGCCUGCAGAGGAGGCUGCGCACGCCGUCCUUGACGAUGCAAACGAAGGCCGAGACGCUAUGACGCCAGUCACAAAGCCUAACAGCGAGAAACGAGCUCGAGCCGAGGCAGACGACGGGCCAGGGGAGAAACGCGUGAUGAGAUCAUUGGCGAGCUUGCACUACCCUCCCGAGCCAGAUCCCCAGAUUUUCGAAGACCCACUGCAGCGAGACGAUCCGAAGCCGUUGCGUCGUAGCGAGCUGCUUGCUAUAGCUACAUCGCCCGAGAUCAGACGCCUGUUUGCGAUUGCCGACUCUGCACGCGCAGAGGGCCGACCGAUGACGCCGCUUGAGAUCCGUUUGCGACCGUUGCCAGGUCUUCUGACCAAGCUGAAUGCCGUACCUGAUUUUCGACCGCUCUUGCCGAGAACGAAUCAGAUGCGCGAAUUGCUCAGGCUGCCACAAGCAGAACAGCCUCUCGGUCUCAAUGGUACUCGCUCCCUGCCGAGAGAAAGAGGUCACAGAGGGCGAGGGGGUCAUCAUGCACACGAUCGAGGGCAUAGAGGUAGGGAUAGCGAGUACGGCAGACGGCAAAACGGUUACGAAGGACGACCCAAGUACGAUCGCUUCACUGCCGAAGAGAGGAGUGCUUUCGAGGUCUUCAGAGAGACGCUCGACAAGGUCCUCAAGGCGCAUCGCGAGCCACGGAGCUCGCUGGUUCGCACGCUCUCGCGCCUAUCGUCGUGCAGGACAAUGUGGAAGCCUGCCGACCCCAGUGCUUCGCUAUACGAACUCUUGGUCUCAGACGAGAUGCCGCGUUCGAUGCGAGCGCGCAGGCUCAGGCACCGACCGAUCUCGCGUUUCAGUUGUCAGACCGUGCUUCACGUCGAUCCCUCGAAACAGAGCAGCGAGGUCCAUGCAGCCAGCGUGACGGCCAGUCCGCACGAACAGUCGGCCAGUCAGCUCGGAAUCUACUCGGGGCUUAGCCUAGCGACAGAGAUACCCUCCGGCAGACUAUCAGCCGUCGAACUACCCCACAGUCGAGCGUCUCCUCUCGUUCUGCCCACAAGCCAUCUGGCUGUCGGUCUGCCAGACGUGGACUCGUUCGACCUGCGACCGCCCAAGAGCGUCUUUGUUGAGCAUUACACGACCCCAUCGGUGAUGACGACGAGGAGUGAAGCGAACUCGGCAGGUAGUCAGUCUCAAGAUGUGAGACAGCUCGACAGCUCGCCAGAUCAAGCUGGCCUUGCAGCCUUUCCCCUACCACCAGGUCUAUCAGGCACGACCUUCAACGCCGUGGCAGGCAUGGGAUCAGGUCUCAAUGGUCUCGAGAGCAGUCAGGUUCCAGCAGAGAAUGGGCUGCCCAAGGCCAUCCCGUCAACGAUGUCGAAAGCGCUCGAGCAGGAUCGCAAUGGACACAGGAAUGAUGCCGUGAUGAGUCCUGCAGGAGCUAUUGCAGCUGCCUUUGCGAGUCGGACGAACAACGAGCCAACGACUCCUGCGAGUCCCUCCAAGGUCAACGCACGAAAUGGUACAUCUCAGCAUACUACGUCAGGAUCGACAGGCUCAACGGCACCAGAUUCGGCGGCCUCGCCUAGCCUAUCAGGAUCCAACAAACCAGUCAAACAGCCUGCCACAAUCAUCACGUAUCAGAGCCGGUCUGUCAAAGCACGUAUAGACAGGAAUGUGCCUGUUGAGGAGAUCAUACGGCAGCUCUGCGCUUCUACUCAGCUCAUGGUCAAGGAACCUUCUUCGCUCUUUGCGGUCAGGACUACGACCAGCAACGAACUCAUCACAGACGACAAUCUCAUCUCGGUUCUCGAGAGCGCCCAGACCUGGAAGCUCGUUGCAAGUCCGACAGUCGAAGCCGCAGAGAUGGUAGACAAGCUUGCCAGUAGCGACGAGAAACUCGUCAAAGGCGCAACGUUUGCCCUGCGCAACCUUGUCCAUGAGAAGCCAUUCACGAUCCAGUUUGCAGAGCGCGGUGGCAUCCUCGAACUGCUAGCCGUCAUACAGUCCUCGAGUGGCAACAGCCUGUCAUACGCACUAGCUGCCCUGCUCUCGCUGCUCAAUAUCGACUUUGCUUGGAACGACCUCGACAGCGCCUUUGUGCACCGUCUUCUCGACAUUCUCCUCGGCCAAUCACUCGUCAAUAUCUGUCGGCCCGCUACCUCCAUCUUGACUCUCCUGCUCAAAUCUUCCUCGUCACCUUUGCCAGCUUCUACAUCGAUUCUCAAUGAACCCGGUCAGCAGCCGAUCAUGCGCUUAGUGUGGGACGCAGUCAGACGAGAAGACCGCCUGGGCCAGGUACUGAUCUCGCGCCUAACGAAUGGCGACGCCACCCUGACCGGCGUCACGAUGGAGCUCAUCAACGCUAUGCUGGCCAUGGCGCUACAAACGAAUGACGAAGUCAUGAUAGAUCGAUUUGACGCAUUAGAUUAUGGACAGGCUUGCGCUCGUAUACUCGAUGUCGAAUCGAGCGAAGAAAUUACUCAGGCAGCGCUCAGUUACCAGAAUAUGCUUAUUGCGCGCUAUCACGCAGAACAAUCAGUGCCCGUCUCGCUCGAGAUCGAAGCACAUAGAGAUAUGUUACAGCAGAUCAUAGACAACACCGGCGUAAUCCGCUCAGAGGAAACGUGGCGUUACCUCGGUCUCGAAUCGGACGACGUAGUCAACUCGUUCGGCGCAGUUGGCGCUUAUGGCCUUCGGUUACUCUACCGUUUUUGUUCGUCGCACAACUUUGAUCUCAGAGCGAUGUUGGCCGAGCAAGAUUCGAAACCCGCAGAUCGACAUUGUCCGCUUGCACUCGCAAGCAAUGACGUAGCGCUAUCUAUUGCCAAUCUUUGCGGUUUCACAUCCCUACCGGUCGCGGGUCAGCCAGUGACAGACUAUCGACCUCUCACGCUAGUUGUUGCUCGCACUCAUGAGCUCGCUCUGCGUUUCUUCCAUCGGAUGUGGAACGAGAGCAAGGCAUCACUAGAGGACUUCACGAGGAUAUCGGGCCUUGUGCAGAGUCAGCUCAGGUCUGCUAUGAGCGCCAAGCAGUCCGAGCUGGACAUUCUCUUCGUCAAAAGCGAUUUCAGAUCGGUUAGGGAAAAGCAGAUGCGCGAGCUCGGCACAGAAGACGAUCUGAUGCAAAAGGCUCCUAUUCGUAGCCUGCGCGCAAGGCUCUACAAAGAAUCCUUUGACUUUAUUAGAUCACAACGCAUGAAUUGUAUGAAACGAGGCGCCUGGUUCAGCAUACCGCUCGCGCUGACGACUCCGAACAAGAAGAUCGCACAGAAAAGCUGGCGAUUCUGUCGGCUCACUGCGAAUGCGAGAUACCUAUGUUAUACUGACGCGAUAGAGCCCCACGACAUUCGGCCAGGUAUGGAUGACUUGCUAUCAAGAGUGGAUCUCAAUGAGAUGACGGAUGUCACACCCCUUGCGCCUUCGCCUACUCUCACACGAAAUCGGACCAAGUCGAAUCCUGGCUUAGACACAGCAAGUUCUGCGCUCGGGCUCUCGCUUGCUUCGUCUUCUGGCAAGCUACUCGAGCUCGUUGCGCGAUCUAAUCAUCAGUAUGCUGAAUGGCUCGAUGGCUUGUCACUUCUGCGGCCCAACGGACCCAUCAAGACAAAAGAGACAUCUGAUCUGAUCGAUCAUCUGACAGACGUCAAUCUCAAAGUCAAGCUGCUCGAUCUCACAGGCGACAAGAUCACUAUUCCCUCUCAGCUGACGGUGCCGGCACCGCCACUGAAUUGCAACUACCACUACGCAGACCUCGGCAAGUAA